GUUCCUGCAGCCUAUACACAAGAUUGACAUGAACCUGACAGAUCUUCUUGGGGAACUACAGAGGGACCCGUGGCCAGUGACUCAGGGAAAGAGACCCUUGAGAUCGACUGGAGUAGCUUUGUCAAUUGCUGUUGGUUUAUUGGAGGGCACGUUUCCAAACACAGGGGCCAGAAUAAUGUUGUUUACAGGCGGGCCACCCACACAAGGGCCAGGCAUGGUGGUAGGAGACGAACUGAAAACACCCAUUCGUUCCUGGCAUGACAUAGAGAAGGACAAUGCACGGUUCAUGAAAAAGGCUACAAAGCACUACGAGAUUCUAGCUAAUCGCACGGCAGCCAACGGCCACUGCAUUGAUAUCUACGCCUGCGCUCUCGAUCAGACUGGCCUUCUGGAGAUGAAGUGUUGUGCAAACCUCACCGGGGGUCACAUGGUGAUGGGGGACUCUUUCAACACUUCUCUCUUCAAGCAGACCUUCCAGCGGGUGUUUAGCAAAGACUUCAAUGGAGAAUUCCGAAUGGCGUUUGGUGCUACGUUAGAAGUGAAGACUUCUAGGGAGCUGAAAAUCUCAGGGGCUAUUGGACCAUGCGUAUCCCUAAACGCUAAAGGACCAUGCGUCUCUGAAAACGAACUUGGUAUUGGAGGUACAUGUCAGUGGAAAAUCUGUAGCCUUGAUCCCAGUUCAACUCUUGCCAUAUAUUUUGAAGUGGUGAAUCAGCACAAUGCACCGAUACCUCAGGGUGGCAGAGGCGCCGCGCAGUUUGUCACUCAGUAUCAGCACUCCAGUACACAGAGACGCAUUCGAGUAACCACCAUUGCCAGAAAUUGGGCAGAUGCACAGAGUCAGCUCCAACAUAUCGAAGCGGCGUUUGACCAGGAAGCAGCUGCAGUGCUAAUGGCGCGUCUGGGAGUCUACAGAGCUGAGUCGGAGGAGGGACCCGAUGUACUGCGAUGGCUAGACAGGCAGCUAAUCAGAUUGUGUCAGAAGUUUGGACAAUAUAACAAGGAUGAUCCGAAUUCCUUCAGACUGUCAGAUUCAUUUUCUCUGUAUCCCCAGUUUAUGUUCCACUUGCGACGAUCUCCAUUUCUUCAAGUGUUUAACAACAGCCCGGAUGAAUCUUCCUAUUACCGGCAUCACUUUGCCAGACAAGAUCUGACCCAGUCCCUUAUCAUGAUCCAGCCCAUCCUUUAUUCCUAUUCUUUUUCUGGACCCCCCGAGCCUGUGCUUUUGGACAGCAGCAGCAUUCUUGCUGACAGAAUUUUGCUGAUGGAUACUUUCUUCCAGAUUGUAAUCUACCUUGGCGAGACGAUUGCACAGUGGCAGAAAGCUGGCUACCAAGACAUGCCUGAAUAUGAAAACUUCAAGCAUUUACUGCAAGCCCCAUUGGACGAUGCCCAGGAAAUAUUGCAGACUAGAUUCCCAAUGCCGCGUUAUAUUAACACUGAACAUGGAGGCAGUCAGGCCCGCUUCCUCUUGUCUAAAGUGAACCCCUCUCAGACUCACAAUAAUCUCUAUGCGUGGGGACAGGAAUCGGGAUCUCCCAUCCUAACAGAUGAUGUUAGUCUCCAGGUGUUCAUGGAUCAUCUGAAAAAGUUGGCAGUGUCAAGUGCAUCAUAACUUUGACUUAACAAGGAAGUGACAAAAGAAGCAAAGAAUUACCGGGAUCAUGGUGACAUUUAACAGUGUGGAAAAACUUAACUACAUUCCUUUCCCUCUUUGAGAUCAAGGCUUUUAAAUAUUACACAAAACAAAUAUUCAAGGGGAGUUUUGUACUUAGUUCUUUUAGUUUUUAAUUUAUUUGUAUUCCUUUUUUAUGUGAUCUCUCUGAACUUUAUUUUUUUCAUACAUUGCAGCCCAAGGAUGUUUUAGCUGAUACAGCUAUUAAUACAUUUUUAGAUUAAUUUUAAUGGCCUGUGUGUAAAAUCAUUAAAAAACAAUAACUUGCCUUUCAGCAGCUUCAUCAGGUAUCGGGAGACUGUACUGAUGAAAAAUAAAAGUGGAGGAGGAGAGCAUUAAUAUUUAGUGCUGGACUGAACUUGUUGUGUGUGCAUGUAUGCUGAGAGGUUGACUUUAUCACACAAUAAAGUACAAUAUGAACUUGAACUUUU